AUGGCAGCCUCGAGCGGCGAGAAGGCGACGUUACGGUACACCUUGGUGGCCUCUACUAUGGGCUCGGUCGCUGUUACUGCAGUAUGCACUCCCUUUGAUGUGGUCAAGAACUAUUGGCAGGCUUCACCAGCUUUGAAUCAUCAACGGAUCAAUACAAGUGGCCUGCAGGUGAUGCGACACAUUAAAGACGCUUAUGGUUGGCGAGCUCUGUGGAACGGAACUAUGACCAGUCUAGUAUAUCAAAUACCAUCUAAUUGGGUAUUUUUCGUUCUGUAUGAACACUGGCGUGAACGAGUUCCAGAUGGAAUCGCGAGUGCCGCAGCAAGAGCUACUGCAGUUACCAUAUUCUCUCCUUUGGAAUUCCUCCGUACGCGUGUACAAGCCACCACCGGUAUGGGGGAGGGAGCAAUGGCCACUGUGAAGCGAGUUUUACGCGAAGAUUCUUUUUCUAGUUUUUGGCGAGGUUUGCUACCCACAUUGGUUCGUGAUUUACCAUUUUCCGCAAUCUACUGGUCGCUAUACGAGUACAAUAAAAAAAUAUUCUUGCCGGACCACGUGGAACGACGAGGCGCAGCGCGCAGUGCUAAUGAUGAGGAACUACUGGAAUUAGCUGAAAAACAAGCUGAGACUAACGUUCCCGUAACUUGGAUGGAAACCUUCGGAUUCUCCUUCCUAAAUGGUGCGGUCUGCGGAACUAUCGCGGCUGCUGCGACGCACCCCUUUGAUAUGGUCAAAACUCAAUUACAAACAGCGACUCGUCCUACUAGUAGUAGUAGUGGACACCACACUAACGUGGCUAAGCGAAUUCACACUACUGGAUCAGCGAUGAUGGCGAUUUUCGAAGAGUAUCGUCUUCGAGGAUUCACUGUUGGUCUUGGACCUCGACUCUUGAAGGUUAUCCCUGGCUGCGCUAUCAUGUUGGGAACAUAUGAGUUUUGUCAUGCAGUAGCUGAUAGCCUCGAGCUUGACAAGGUUUUGAAGGUCAGCAAUCUGAUGUGA